AGCACUUGCUUUUAUAUCUAGAAGCUUAAAGCACAUAGAAAUAUCAUGCUGAAGGAACUUUGUCUGCUACUUUGCGCCACAUAUGUUGCUGCAACCUUCAGCACAGGUUACCCCUCCUAUCCCACCAAUCCAUACCAGCCCUAUCCCUCUUCUGGAGGAUCUAGAUACGUAGUUUACCUCCAAUAUCUGUACUACCUGUACGUAACCUAUGGACCAACCUCUAUCCAGUACCGUCAGCUCUACUACUACCUGAUCCGAAUCCACGUCAUUCCUUCAGGAUUCAACUUUGGGGGCUCUCCUGGUGGGUUUCCAUUAGGAGGUUCCACUGGAGGAUUCCCAAUCGGCGGUGGUAUUGGAGGACUUCCACUAGGAGGAUCUGGCUCUCCAUUCGGCGGAAGUGGUUUGGGAGGCGGAUUCCUAAUUGGAGGCAGUAGUAUAGGGAGUGGUUUACCCAUUGGAGGAUCAAGUUUCCCAAUUGGAGGCGGUAGUCCAGGAAGCAGUUUUCCAAUCGGUGGUGGAAUAACUGGAUUUCCUGUUGGAGGAUCUGGCUUUCCAGGAAACGGUUUAGGGGGAAGUAUCCCUAUCGGAGGCGGAAGUCUAGGAAGUGGUUUGCCAGUUGGAGGAUCUAGUUUCCCAAUUGGAGGAUCAAAUUUCCCAAUUGGAGGAGGAAGUCCAAGUCUUGGCGGAUUUCCAUCAAAUGGUGGUUCGCUAAGCUUCUCUGGCAGCGGUUCUAGCUUCCAGUCUGGUAGCUCUGGAUUCCUCAGGGGAGGAUCCCCAAUUUCCGGUGGAUUAUUCCCAGGAUCAUCUGGUCUGAGUGGAUUUCCUAGCGGACUUUCUGGCCUAACAUCUGGACUAAGUAGUUUAAGUGGUUUAAACAAUGGAUUCCCAGGAAGUUUUGGUCCAAGCAGAGGUCAUGGCGGAUACAAAUCCAAAGGAGGCAUUUACUAAGCUGUGGAUUUGAACUUUGAUUAUCGAACAUGGAUUUAGAAACUGAAUUUGCCAACAUUUGAUGUGUAAAUAUUUAUGUGUAAUGGAUAUUAAUAAACAGUAGAAACCAAUAA